AUGGGAGACAACCGUGAGACCAACGGGUUGACCAACGGUCAUGUCAAUGGUUACGCCAAUGGCCGCACCAAUGGUUAUACUAAUGGUCAGCGUGCCAACGGCCAUACCAAUGGCAACACCAAUGGACAUACCAGCAACAAUUCCAACGGCGGUGGUCUAUGGACCAGUAAACGUGCAUCAUCGGAAUGGUUUAUCGGUAGUAUAGACCAGGGCACCACGUCGUCGCGUUUUCUCAUCUUUAAUCGCCACAUGGACCCAGUCGCUAGUCAUCAAAUCGAAUUUGAAAAUCUCUAUCCUGAAUCGGGGUGGCACGAACAUGAUGCCUUAGAAUUGCUCCGCUCUGUUGAGUCUUGUAUCGAAAGAGCCAUUGAACAGUUUACUUUUGGAGGUUAUUCCACAUCCCAAAUAAAAGCUGUAGGUAUCACAAACCAGCGCGAAACCACUGUAUGCUGGGAUAAGAUCACUGGCGAACCCCUAUGCAAUGCCGUCGUAUGGCCAGACACUCGAACCAAAGAUAUCGUCCGAGAUUUGAAGAAUUACCCUGGCGCCCAUGCCAUUCCCGAACUAUGCGGUCUUCCCCUGAGCACGUAUCCUUCCAGCGUAAAACUGGUUUGGUUGUUGAAGAAUAACCUGACCGUGAGAAAUGCCUACGAAGAAGGCCGUCUCGCAUUUGGUACCGUAGAUAGCUGGCUGAUUUAUCGCCUAAACGGUAAGGACAAGAAUGUCCACGUUACGGACACUACCAACGCGAGUAGGACUAUGUUCAUGAACUUGCACACUCGGCAGUAUGAUGACAGACUACUCUCCUUCUUCGGAAUUGACAAGAACAAGGUUGCAUUGCCCAAGAUUGUGCCAUCGUCGGACCCCGAAGCCUUCGGUACCAUUGGCCGCGGCGCCUUGGCCGGUGUGAGAAUUGCAGGUUGCUUAGGUGACCAGGCCAGCGCGCUUGUCGGCCAAUGCGGAUUCAAGCCGGGCCAGGCCAAGAACACAUAUGGUACUGGAUGUUUCUUGUUAUACAACGUAGGCCACAGGCCGGUACUUUCCAAGUAUGGCUUAUUGGCGACGGUCGCAUUCGACUUUGGAAAGGGCCGGGAACCAGUUUACGCCCUGGAAGGAAGUGUAGCAGUGGGCGGCUCCGGUGUAAAGUUUUUAAUGAACAAUUUAGGAUUUAUCAGAGACUCUAAUAGAGUUGGUGAAUUGGCUGAGAGCGUCAAGGAUAAUGGCGGGGUGGUGUUUGUAACCGCAUUCAGUGGUCUAUUCGCACCGUACUGGAUUGACGAUGCGAAAGGUACCCUUUUCGGAAUAACGCAACAUACACAAAGAGGUCACAUCGCACGUGCGACACUGGAAGCCACUUGCUUUCAGACUCGCGCGAUUUUAGAAGCGAUGGAGAAAGACUCAAACCACAAGCUUGCGUCUCUUGCCGUCGACGGCGGCAUGUCGAACUCAGAUCUGACGAUGCAGACACAAGCUGAUGUUACCGGCAUCCGCGUAGAGCGACCGGCAAUGCGCGAGACCACAGCCUUAGGUGCUGCAAUCGCUGCCGGUCUAGCUGUCGAAGGUUGCUGGUCUAGCUUUGAGGAGCUCACAGAGCUCACACGCAAAAAGCCAGGUCGCCGGGUUUUCGCACCCAGAAUUGACCGAAAGAAAGCCCAGCGCAUGUACCAACACUGGGAGAGAGCUGUCGAGAUGAGUCGCGGAUGGGUCCGCGACGAUCAUUCUGAUGACGAGAAUGAAUCUUCCAGGCCUGACAUCUUCAGGAAACCGACGUUGUAA